GUUUUAAUAAUAUUAAAUACCGUAUCCGAUAACACUUUCCUAGUAAUAAAAGCGUUCAACUUCCUCAUUAGGUUGUGGUUGCUUGUUCAGUUCAGUUGGAUUUGUACCAUCAUGAUGGUACAUUGUGUUUUAUUAUUGUCGGUUUUGGUUGUGUUCUGCCAAGCUAUUGUGCCGGGACCCAAGUAUACCCCUACCAAAGGAGAAAUAUGGCCUAAGCCUCAAUAUGAGAAAAAGGAUAAAGCGGUAUAUUUAGUUGACAAGGAUACAUUGGAAUUUAAGGUAACCAAAAAGUCGUGUCAAAUUUUAACGGACGCUAUCCAGCGAGCUAAGAAAACCUUCCACAAAUUGUCUAAAAUCGCAAAGCGUAACUACAACGAGCGGGGUGUGGAUCUGAGCUCGCCAACUUUGGGCACGAUCGACGUGGAGUUGACUCAGCCGUGCGAGGCGUACCCUUAUCAUGGAAUGGACGAAAGUUACAAUCUCACGGUAUCGGACACGGCGAGGUUGACCGGCCACUCAAUAUGGGGCGUCUUACACGGGCUCGAGAGCUUUAUACACCUCCUUUACCAAUCAGAUGAUUACGAGACUCUCCUAAUACAAGGUACGAAGAUUCAUGACUACCCGCGUCACCCCCACCGCGGGUUGUUGCUGGAUACGUCUCGUCAUUACCUACGAGUGAGCAAACUCCUUACCACGCUGGACGCCAUGGCGAUGAAUAAACUUAACGUGUUCCAUUGGCACAUCGUGGACGACCACUCGUUCCCGUAUCAGAGCGAAAAGUUUCCUGAGUUAAGUGAAAAAGGAGCCUAUCAUCGUUCAAUGGUUUACACGAAAGCAGACAUCAAGAAGAUCGUUGAAUAUGCGAGAAACCGCGGGAUCAGAGUAAUACCUGAGAUAGAUGUUCCAGGCCACGUCCGCUCCUGGGGCGAGGCAUACCCGCAGCUCCUCACGCCUUGCUACACGGGCAAGAAAGUGACCUCUCUGGGGCCCCUCGACCCGACCAACGAGCACACCUACAAGUUUCUGGGGCAACUACUGGAGGAGGUGAAAGAGUGGUUCCCGGAUGGGUACCUGCAUUUGGGGGGAGAUGAGGUCAAUUCUAGGUGCUGGAUCUCAAACCCGUCACUGUUACGGUACAUGAUGCAGCACAACAUGUCAUCCUGGACGAAGCUCCACAGCUUGUUCAUGGAACGGGCCACGCCGCUCGUCGGGGACAGAAAGAUCAUCGUCUGGGAGGAGGUGUUUGACGAGAACGUGCCCCUAUCAAAUGACACGGUGGUACAAAUCUGGCUGGGUGCAUGGGCACCUAAGAUUAAUGAGGUACUAGAAGCGGGCAAGAAAGCUCUAUUCUCAUCAGAGUGGUACCUCUCCGUCCUAGGGGGUGGUGGCGACUGGGAGAAUUUCUACAAGUUCGACCCUCGGCUGCAAGUCACCGAUAGAGCUUUAGUCCGCAACAUGAUCGGGGGGGAAGCUUGCAUGUGGGGGGAGUACGUUGACACCACUAACUUCAUACAGAGGGUAUGGCCACGAGCCUGCGGCAUCGCCGAGCGACUCUGGUCUGAGGCGUCCCGCGACGACAUUCAAACUGAAGAGCAAACAGAAUGGGAUAGCGACUGUAGCGGUGCAGGCAGGAUAGCAAUAGCAGAGGCCAUCAUGGACCAUGUUCGUCGUCGUAUUGAGGAGCAAGCGUGUCGUAUGCUUAGGCGGGGUGUGCUGGCUGAGCCGCCGAACGGGCCCGGGUUUUGUGUCGUGUGA